ACAACGCACGUCCAAGAGUUGAUUAUAAUUUUUCUUAGUAAAGGUGGUUCUUUUCUUUCUUUCUUAGGGAAGAUGUCAUUAGUCUCUCUUUUGUCAUGAUUCCUGCUGCUUCCUUCUCGGGCCAUCUAAAUUAGUAUACUGAUGCAUAAUAUACUUCCAAGAUUGCGAUUUGCAGUUGAUACUGUUAGAAGCAAGGUCCCGGUUACUUUAACUUGCAGUAAUUUCAAAACUGAGCAGUCGAGCAAUGAUUACAUUAGCUCUUUCUGCAAUAGGAAUCAAUUCAGGGAAGCUCUUGAGGCAUUUGAUUUAUUAUGUAAGAAUACUAAUUUUCAUGUGAAACCCAGCACUUAUGCUCGCCUGUUAUCUGCAUGUUCUUCAUUGGGAUCUUUAAAACUAGGUAGAGAUGUCCAUAAUCAUAUGUUAACUUAUGGCUGCCAACCAGAUAUAAUUAUUGGAAAUCGUCUAGUUACCAUGUACGGGAAAUGUGGUUCAAUGGAGGAUGCUAGAAAGGUGUUCGACGAAAUGCCUGAAAGAAACCAAGUUUCUUGGGCUUCAAUAAUAGCUGGUUAUUCACAGCACGGCCAUGGAACUGAUGCCCUCCAGUUAUUUGUUGAAAUGCGGAAGUUGGGCUUGAUGCCUGAUCAGUUUAUUUUUGGGAGUAUUAUAAGAGCUUGCUCAAGCUUGGUUGAUAUUAUUUUAGGAAAACAGUUGCAUGCACAAAUAAUUAAAUCACAGGCAGGUUAUGAGUUGAUUUCUCAAAAUGCCUUGCUUGCUAUGUACUCCAAACUAGGACUAAUUGAUGAUGCUUGGAACUUGUUUUCUAGUAUUGCAUCAAAAGAUUUGAUUUCAUGGAGUUCAAUUAUUUCGGGUUUGUGGCAAACUGGCUACGAAUUAGAAGCAAUGUUGUGUUUCAAGGAGAUGCUCUCUCAAUGUGCUUACCAACCAAAUGAAUUUGUUUUUGGUAGUGUUUUCAGUGCUUGUGGAAGACUCUUAGAACAAGACUAUGGCAGACAGAUACAAGUGGUAAGUAUAAAAUAUGGGUUUGGUAGGGAUAAUUAUGUAAUUUGCUCACUAGCUGAUAUGUAUGCUAAAUGUGGUCUACUUCACUCUGCAAAACUAGCAUUCUCUCAAAUAGAAAGACCCGAUUUAGUUUCUUGGAAUACGAUUAUUAUAGGUUUUGCAUGUGGUGGUGAAAUUGAUGAAGCCAUGUCAUUUUUUUCAAAGAUGAGGGAGCUUGCAUUAUUCCCGGAUGGAAUUACCAUUCGCUCAUUGCUUUGUGCAUGUACAAAUCACGAUAGUUUUCAUCGCGGUAUGCAGAUCCACUCUUUCGUUAUCAAGACAGGUCUCAAUCUAGAGAUAUCAGUCUCCAAUACUAUCAUUUCAAUGUAUUCUAGAUGUUAUGAUCUUUUGAGUACGUUCAAGAUCUUUGACGAGACCAAAACCAAUCGGGAUUUAGUUUCUUGGAACACCAUUCUCUCAGCAUGCGUAAAACAUAACGAGGCGAGAGAGGUUUUCUCGUUAUUAAGACAAAUGUUUCUUUCUAAUAGUAAACCCGACAACAUCACGUUAACUAGUGUACUUGGAGCUUGCGGUCAAUUGGCAUCAAUCGAAAUGGGGGAAUGGGUUCAUGGCUACUGCGUAAAAUCUGGGUUGGAUCUUAACAUAUGUGUCAUAAAUGGAUUGAUCGACAUGCAUAUGAAGUGUGGUUCACUUAUGAACGCGGAAAAAUUGUUUAACUCGAUUGUGAAUUGUGACGUUGUCUCGUGGAGUACCAUGAUUAUCGGCUACGCUCAGUUAGGACUUGGGGAACAAGCUCUAACGUCUUUUAGGAAAAUGUGUGGACUUGGCUUGGUACCGAACGAAGUGGCGGUUGUAGGUGUCUUAACCGCUUGUAGUCACAUGAGACUAGUAGAAUUAGGUAUGCAAAUUUACAACUCAAUGGAAGUUGAGCAUGGGUUAAAACCGACAAGGGAGCAUUGUUCGUGCGUGGUUGACUUGCUUGCUCGUGCGGGAUGUAUAAAUGAAGCCGAAGAUUUCAUGAAUAAAAUGGAGUUCGAGCCAGACAUAGUCAUGUGGAAGACUCUCCUUGCUGCGUGUAGAAUUGAUAAUAACGUAGAUGUUGCUAAACGGGCUGCUGAGAAUAUUUUGAAGAUCGAUCCGUUAAAUUCUUCGGCUCAUGUUCUACUUUGCAACAUAUGUGCUUCUACCGAAAGAUGGGAGGAUGUUGCGAAAAUUAGAAUUUUGAUGAAGAAAAGGAGAAUCAGGAAAGUGCCCGGUCAAAGCUGGAUUGAAGUGAAGAAUUGUAUCCAUAGGUUUUUAUCGGAAGAUAAUUCUCAUCCUGAAGGUGACAGAUUACGGACAGUGCUUCAAGAUUUAUGGCAGCCGAUGCUGGACGAUGGUUAUGCUCCAAUGCAUAAAACAGGUUUGAUUUCUGAAAGAUGAAUUGUUGGAUUAUCAAGUUUCUUUUUAUGUAUAAAAUACUAUUGACAAUAUUUUGAAAAUGAGAAAGCACAAAAAGAACUUGUUAACUUAC